AUGGCCGAGCCCGAAUUCCACUCAGCGCCUCCACUUAAGAAGAGAAAGAUCGGCACUUGUUCCAAGCCGAGUAUAAGUCCGGCCGAUAUUGAACGAUUUCAUAAGAGUAGGAAGGAUAAAAGGGAGAAGGCUAGGGGGAAGGAGAACACAUCUGGGCGCCCUUCUGACCCCUCCGCGAGAGGAUCGUCGCUGUUCCAGAUAACCUCCAAGCAGCAUCAUCGUCUGCGUCUCAUCCCUUGCCCGACUUGUCUACUGCCUGGAUACACUCACAUGCUGCUUGGAGGUUAUCUGGAACAGCGACGGAUCCUCUCGCGGAGGGGUCAGAAGGGCGCCCGGAUGUGUUCUCCUUCCCCCUAG